GCGCCGCCAUUUUCUCUCGCCGAUGUGAGUCGAUUGCGGUUUAAAGGGGGGGGGAGAAAGGCCGUUAAUCGGUGCCUUGAAAUAAACACGGAACGGAGGAAACGUGUCGCAAGGCUUGGAUAUGUCGGACUUCGAUAGCAAUCCCUUCGCCGAUCCUGAAUUUAACAAUCCCUUUAAGGAUCCAUCAGUUACACAAGUAACAAGAAAUCCUCCACCAGCAUUAGAGGAAUACAAUCCUUUCACAGAUGGACGGACAGCACCACCAGGAAAUGCUGAAAAGCGUCCUAUGCCCAGUACACAGCCAGCUAUUAUGAAGCCAACAGAGGAACCGCCCACAUAUGCACCACAUACACAGGAAACUGCUGCAGCCCAGGCUGAGCUGCUGAGACGUCAGGAAGAACUAGAGCAAAAGGCAGCAGAGCUUGAUCGACGGGAACGUGAGAUGAAAAAUCUCAGCUACGAUCCUCGGAAGAACAAUUGGCCACCCCUUCCAGAACGAUGCCCUGUGGGACCAUGUUUCUAUCAGGACCUCUCUGUAGAUAUCCCUGUUGAAUUUCAAAAAACAGUCAAGAUGCUCUACUACUUAUGGAUGUUCCAUGCUGUUACACUCUUGGUAAAUAUUAUUGGUUGCCUUGCCUGGUUCUGUGUUGAUAGCUACCGAGGGGUGGACUUUGGCCUGGCCAUUCUCUGGUUCUUGCUUUUUACCCCCUGUUCAUUUAUUUGUUGGUACAGACCACUCUACAAAGCCUUCAGGAGUGACAGUUCCUUCAGCUUCUUUCUAUUCUUCUUCGUAUUUAUCUGUCAAUUUGCUGUCCAUGUACUGCAGUCAGUAGGAAUUCCACAGUGGGGAAACUGUGGCUGGAUUUCAGCACUUACAGCUCUUAAUAACAGCAUUCCUGUUGGAGUUCUGAUGAUGAUUGUUGCAGCAGCUUUUACUGGCUCAGCCGUUGUCUCACUAAUUAUGUUCAAAAAGGUACAUGGAAUGUAUCGUACUACAGGAGCUAGCUUUGAGAAAGCACAGCAAGAGUUUGCAACAGGAGUCAUGUCGAAUAAAACUGUACAGACAGCUGCAGCAAAUGCAGCUUCUACUGCAGCUCGUGGUGCUUUCAAAGGCAACCAAAUUUAAGGGAAAAAGGAAAGCAAAUCACCCACCCUCCUCUCAAUCACUCAUCAUCCAUAUACCACUCCAGUCAUUACAUGCAUACUGAUGUCUCUGAACAUGAUCUCACCAUAGCUCCAGCAUGAACCUUUGUAUAAAAAAAAACUCCAUGUAGCCCUUGAAUUAGGUUUUUGCAUGGGCUAAAAACUUACAAACAGUACUCUUGCUUGACAAAACCUUCUGUUUUUAAAUUGCUUUUUAUUUUUCAUAACUGUUUUGGAUGAUCAUAUUGCCCUUUUUUGGUUAACAGACUGUAAUUUGCAUGUUGUCACUGCUUCUUUAAUAUUGCACUCCAGAAUUACUGGAGAAUCUUAUGUCUUCUGUGCUACACUGGACUGCUGACUGAUUUGCACGCAACUUUGAUCUUGGAGAAUUGUUUGUACUGCCUAGUACAUUGGACUGGAAACUUAUUUUUCUGUGAAACAUCCGUAACUGCCUUUAUGAAAAGCACUUCCAAGUCAAUGUCAAAGUAACUAACUUUAAUUUUUUCUUAUUGCUCUCCUGCACUGUUAACUGAAAAUGAAUGGCAUGAUCCUUGUAAUUUUUGGUGGCAUAAUCACAUGGUUGAUUUACUUUUUGUAUUGUUAUUAAUACAUAACUGAGAAGCCUAAAUAGUUUGAAGUAUGAACUGUGGUACAGUGUAACUGUGUUGCCAAGUACAGGUAGUGAACUGUUUGGACUAUGUCUUUUGAAAAUUGAACUGCAAUAAUGUAUGUUGUGCCUUCCUAUUAAUCGCAUUACUUAAAUUAGAAAAUAAAUUCUGCCCAUCCUUGAGAAAUAGGCACUCUACAAAUGCAAAACCUAGGGUUCUACUUACCGUUUUAAAUGGAUAAAAAAUAAAUCCAGCUGUUGCCACUCAGACUUGUGCAAUAGCAUUUAAGACUUUCCUAAAUAUCAAUAAAAUAUUGCUUUAAAUGGAUUUCUGAAGGAUUUAGGAACAAGACUUCAGUAAAGAGUGGUUGAAUUGACUGCUUUUUAAAAUGUGACAUUGAUAAGUAGAACAACUGUUUACUGUUAAAUCUUUCAGACUUCUUGAUCAACGAGAUCAUCUCAUUUUGUUCUGGUAGUUAUGACUGUUGAUUUUUGUGUAUAAAUUUCCACAGGCCAGACCUAGAAGUAGUACAAACUACCUAAAAUAAAACAGGCCAGUGAUGUUAUAGAACAAACUUAAUGGUGGGCCUGAAGAAAGGAAGAGUUUUAAUUUUGAAAAUGGAUCCUGUACUAUAUGACCUGAUUUGUUAAACAUGUCCCGAGAAGGGAAUUGUACAGAGCCUUUGUAUAUACAUAGUUCUCCAACACUGAUUUAAGCUUUGAUCUAAAUGUGCAUAUCAGCUGCAGAUGGUUUCAAAAGCAGAUUUUGGAUUUUAUUAGUUAAUCCUUAUUCCACACUGGUUUGUGUGUAGAUCAUAAAAUGCUUUUUUUUUUUGUUGGACUGUUUUCUGCAAUGCUGAUGGUUAUUGUAUAAAGGAAUACUUGCAAGCUGUACAUGCCUCUUGGAGAUCUCUCCACUCUGCUUGAGUGGUCUCACUUGAAUCCCUUCCAUUUGUUUUCUUUUCAAAUUUUAUUAAGAGGUGUUGAUUUGUGUGUGUGUAUACGCGUGCGCAUGCAUGUGUUAGCUUGAUUUUCAACAACUAGGUGCACCAUCAGUUGUUAAUCAAGAGACACGCUUUUAAAUUUUGUUUUAUCCUGUUUGUACAUGCAUUAAAUGUAUCUGUAUUCUUGUAUAAAUGUGCUAUGUUUUAGGGGACAAUGUACUUUUAUUUGGAAGGCAGUUGUAAUGUUUUACAGAAGAUCUAGGCAUGAUGUAUUUGGAUGUUGAAAUGAACACUGUCUGAAAAGUUAGGAGUUAAGAGUUGAAAUUAAUAAGUCGAUUGAUUUUGUGAUGUUUCUUGGUUGUGUGUAUAAACGCCCAUAAAAUUGCCACUGCUAUUUCCAUCACCUAUAACUAUUAGAGUAUUUCCGGACUGGCUGGGGAGGAAAGCUGUAGAUUAACUUAACUCACCAUGACAUUUGAUGUAGCCAGAAUCCACACUGCAGCUUUGGCCAUGGAACUGUCCGUUUUCCUGGAACUAGCACCUACAGGGCAUGUCCAGAUAUUUCAUCCAGUAGUGAAUGGAUCAAGAUAAACUUGGGUAGGCAAGCAAAGACAUAAUGUAAAAUUCAUAUCCCCAAGCAUUGAACAAUUCUGAACUUGUUCAAUCGUAACAAAUAAGAUGCAUUUCCUUGCAGGCAUGUUUUGAAUCAACUCUUAUUAAAAUAUAUUUUUUAAAUAACUAGUGAAUGAAAUCUUGAUUUAUACAUCAUUUAAAAUGCUAGUUAUGAAAAUGUAAAUGGAGAGUGCUGUUUUAAUAGGCUUGUAAUGUGACCAGAUACUCGGUUUGGAGUGAAUCAAAGAGCUUCAAAUGGUAAGUAACAAACUGCAGUUACUUGUACUUCUGUUUAAAUAUGGUGGUAAAUAUUUCAAUGUUACAAGAGACCCUGAAAGAAAUGUCAUUGUUAGUUUAUGUAGUUAGUGAUAUUGCUGUUUUCUACUUAAAAUUGGUUUUUAAAUCUCACAGUUGUGAAGUACUGUGAUUAUAUUUUUAACUGAAUUGUGAAAUGGAGUGCAUUAGUAUUAUGUCAGCAGAAAUAGCAAUUUUUGAAUUGCUAAAUAUUUUAACUUGGGUAAACAGUGCUUAAAUUUCAACAGUAAUUCCUUGAAAUGAAUGAAGUAGAGUAGCUUGAGUAAGUAUCUUUAUCCCACAUCACCGCAAAUGAUCAUGGAAUAUAUGUUUAAAUGCAGAUGAGGACUUUUUUUUUUAAAACCAAUUUUAGUGACACAAAGGUUGAGAUGUACUUUUGGGGGUAUCCUGCAGUUGUGAAUAUGUUGAUGUUGGAGGAUGGUUAUUAACCAGUGGAUUAUGUAAAUGUCCUGUGAAGUUACUGAUUGAGGUCCUAACUUUGCAGUUGGAUCCUUUCCUAAAUCCUAAAUAUUGCAUUUGACUAGUAUCUCUUUUUGAGUGUUGGUUAUUCUGCCCAUUUUACUUUGUAGUCUUGUCGAUCUUUUUUGAACUAUGUAAUACUGCCUAUAGUUAAAGGAAGAAACAUGAUUGUUCUCAAUUUACAAUGUAAUAUAUCAUUUUUUUCCUGUUUUCGAAGUUGAGUCGAAUACUUUUUUUAAUGGAAUAUGAAGUAGAUUGAAAUGAGCUAAUUUAAAGGUAAAUGGAUGAAUAUAACAAGUAGAACUUAACUUUCUGCAUGUUAUGUGAAAGAAACGAAACUCAACUGGGAGUUUUAUUCCUAUUUACUGUAGGUCCACAUUUAUAAACCAAGAGGCCCAUUUUUGUGCUGUUCCACAGAUGGCUGUAAGUAGUUGCGCCAUCUAAUGUGGUAUGGAGUCAUACAGAGUAGCAAGAUCCUAGGUUUGAUCCUGGAUCAGAGUUAGGUGAAGUCAUCAAGGUAGUGUUGAAAUUAAUAAAAUUUAACUCUUGUCCUUGGGUUACUGAUGAAGAGAAGUCAGUCAGGGAAUACUUUGGAAAUGUGUACCUGUGGAAUUUGGUGGAGACCAGGCUUAAUUUAGUUCUGUGCCUAUUGAUACUGUCUAAGCAAACGUAAGAAAUAAUCACUGGGGUGAGAUAGAGGGUACUUGUAGUUCCCAAGUAACAGCACUUUAGCAUGACUAGGUGUUUCCAGGAGGGACUAUGGUAUGGAAACAAGUGAAAAGCAGAAACUUGAGCACCAGUGGUCAGGUGGAAAUUUAACAUUUAAAUUCUGUUAAUUGUGUAUCCCAAUUUUCUUUUUAAUAAAACUAGAAGUUCAGAAACACUGGUUGAAUAUAAGGAGUAGGGAUGAACAUAGCUCCACCUGCAGCAAUGGUCAACUACAAUGUAGUAGUUAAGUACAGUACCAAAACAAACUUCAGGCUACAGUGCUGUUCAACAACAUUCUAGCUCUAAACAUUUAAGUUUGUCAUUUCAUAAUUCUUCAUGUCUAAGUUGAUUCAUUCCUAAAUUAAUAUGUCAAUAGGGCACAUUUAAAAAGGAAAGCUUUUUAGAAUGUGUAUACAAACAAACUUAUGGUAAACCUGAAGCUAAAAUGCAUUUUUAAGCCUGGCUUGAAAUCAUACUUCACAAUUAAACAUUUUAAAAUAUGACACUUGCCAGAAAAAUCACUUAUGCCCCAUAAUUAGCAUAACCAUACUGACAGGAUAUUUGUUUCUUCCAUAUCUGCUGUAAAGUACAAGUAAACUGUUUUGUGUUCAUUUUUAAUGUAAUUUCUGUUCAAAGUUUGGUUCUGUCUGCAUACCACAUUGCAAUUCUUGAGUGUAGUAUCUGUUUCUUAGUGGAUUGAGCACUAUACCAGUUCUUGUGAAGAACUUGCAAUAAUAUGCACCAGAAUUUGCAGUCAGUGAUGUUCACCACUGACCUCUAUGAAAGCUGCCUACAAAGAUCUGGUCGUCUCUGCACAGAUCUCCCUUUCCCAACAGCAGUUUUAAAUCUAAUGCCACAGGCAUUCAGCAAAUAGGGUAAAUAUUGAAGUAUUCUCACAAAACAGAUCAUGAAGUUUGAAAGCACUGCAUACCUUCAUGAUUAAUUUAAAUUUCAGAUAGUAAAAUAAAAGAUUGCUUAUAAUUUUAACUUCUCUCUCAAUCCAAACACAUCAAAAAAUUAAUUGACAUUCCAAAAACAAGUUGCUUUUCAGGACCAACUAUAUGUUCAGUAAUUAUGAACUUGAUGUUCUAUUUUAAAAACCCAAAACCCAGUUAUACCUACACCGUAUUCAACAUGAUGUCAUUUUUUUCAUGUUUCUUUACAGUGAGACUGAGUGUAAAAGUAAGUGUUUAUCAAUUCACUGAUUUGUUUAGUGAUUGGAGGAACACUGGAGGAACAUAAUCCAGAAGUUGCUGUCAGUGACUUUCACAUUUAAAUGUCCAUGCAUGGACUCCAGAAGCUGCUUUUCGUUUCGUUGGAGUAAUGACAGAUUUGCUGUUAUUGCUACUGCUAAACUCAAGGCCUAUACCUUGUUUAUAAAAGAAAAUUUAUGUAACAAAAUGAUAUUCCAAGCUACCCACUUUACUUUUUAAAGGAGAAUUUCUUUCUUGCUGCUUUUCCAUCUCCCAACCUUUUUGCUAGAUCCAUCACUGCCAACCUGAGGUGGAAUUUUACUGCCCAUCCUGCCAGCUGAACUUUCUGGUCCUGCCGUAAUCAGUGGACUUUUGAAUGGCUCGUUGCAUUUUAUGGCCCCACCCUGUUGUGACAGGGCUGUAAAAUUCCACCCUAAUUUAUCUUUUUUAAUGCAGUUUUUAAAAACUUCCUACUAAAUUGGCAACUGGAUUGCUGAGAGAAACGUUCACUUCGGAUUCUAAUGCUAGCUUGAAUUUUUUCAAAAGACCUUAACAUUAUACUAGCAACUUGAUAAGUUCAUAGCUGGAAUUUGAUAUUUCAGGAUCGUUCAAAAUUUGCAAACUGAUUACAUGUGCAGGCCAAGUUUUACAUUUCUGCUUGAAGGGUUUUUCCAAAAUACUGGGCUGUUUUCAGAAACAGGUAAUGGGAAGACAGUUGGUCUUGUGUUUUGAAAUGGUGAAAAUAAAUGGACCAAGGACAUUUCCAUGUAAGCCCUAAUUCUGAACUUCUUUCCAGUUUUUUUGAGAAAGGAGUAUGGCAAUACCAGUAAUCUCCUUGGGUUGUUUAAGGAAAAAAAACUAAUUUAGUGAGGCAGUAUCAAUCAAGGAAUUAUGCAGUGUGGAAUAUGUACGCUCUAAUUGGGCAGAAUGUGUAAAUAUCAAUUUUACACAGCCUCUUUACAUUCUGAAGAAUAUGAUGUUUUGCCUGAUUUCAGCUAACUGAUGGGUAGCAUUGAUUUAUUUAAAAAAAAUAGAAUUUGCUUUAAAAAAAACACUUAUUCACAGUGUAACACUGUUUUCUUUGCUCUUGCUCUCAUCUGAAAGCCCAGGUUUCAACCUUGGACUUAGUAUUUAAUUAGAACUCUAUUUGAAGAUGUGGAUUUCCAUGGUCACCUUGCAUUCAAGAGUUUUGGUUUAUUAAAAUCUAAGAUAUUUAUUUGUAUAUUUUGUAAAUUGCAUUCUGCCAUUGUUUCAAGUUGCAGUACGCUGUACAAAUUCUCUUUCCAUUCUACAAUAAAAAAAAGUUACAACGCA